CUUGCCCAGGGCCUGGAGCGCACGGCGCGGGAAAGUUUCGGGGGCGGGAACACGGCCUGGGAGGAGGAGAAGCUGGCGAAAUAUGCCCACAGUGAGACGCGCCUGCUGGAGGUGCUGGAGAGCGUGUGCGACAAGUCGGACUUUGCGUGUCACCAGCUGCUGGAGCAGAGCGAGGAGCAUGUGGAGAGCUGGUGGUUCCAGGGACAGCAGCAGCACCCUGACUUCUUCCAGUGGCUCUGCAUGGACACCCUGAAGGUCUGCUGCCCACCUGGAGCCUAUGGCCCCGACUGCCUGCGUGAGUCACCGGCCUGGCCUUGCCGCCAGGCGGGCCCUGGGCGGGGGCUCCAGGGGGAGGGACAGGCUGUGCCCAGGCCCGUCAGUCAGCACGGCCCCUGUCCAGGCUGUUCCCCGCUCUGGCGUGCGAGGGCAGAAGGGGCCCCAGAUAGGCUCCCCAAGGGCCCAGCUUUCCUGCCCAUGGGGGUAGCUGCCACCAUCCAGCGGAAGAACAAACGCCCUUGUCCUGAAAGCCAGGGAGCAGCAUGUGAACUGCUUCCAGGGGCACCCUCCGCCCUUCCCCCAAGAGCUUGGCAAACCAGGAAUGUGGACGAAUGUGCGAGCGCGCCAGAGCCCGUCUGCACCGGGCCCCAGGAGGUCUGCGAGAACACGGAUGGAAGCUACCGGUGCGUGUGUGCGGAGGGCCAUGUCCGCAAGGAUGGGGAGUGCGUGGAGGACAAACCCCCGGACACGCCAGCCAAGGGCUUUUUCGAGGAGGUGACGGAGGACGAGGUGGUGGUGCUGCAGCAGAUGUUCUUUGGCGUGGUGAUCUGCGCGCUGGCCACGCUGGCUGCCAAGGGCGACAUGGUCUUCACCGCCAUCUUCAUCGGCGCCGUGGCAGCCCUGGCCGGAUACUUCCUGGGGGCCCGGCCCUCUGCGCGGCUGCUUCAGGGCUGGUCCACUGGGCAGCCCAGAACCGCUCCCUGGGGCGGGAGCUGAGGUAGGCGCCACCCUGCUGCCAGCUCGCCCUUGCUCCGGUUGCUGGCCAGCCCGGUGCUGGGCACGGCUCCUCCUGGCCUUGGCA